AUGGAAAAAUUGCUCUGCAGCAUCCUGGUGUUUGGAAUGGCUGUCGUGGUCAAUGCUUGUCCCAAAUAUUGCGUCUGUCAGAACCUGUCUGAGUCACUGGGGACUCUUUGUCCCUCCAAAGGCCUCCUAUUUGUACCACUAGACAUAGACCGGAGGACUGUUGAACUUCGACUUGGGGGCAACUUCAUUAUUAACAUCAGUCGACUGGACUUUGCCAAUAUGUCUGGUCUUGUUGACCUCACUUUGUCCAGGAAUACCAUCAGUUACAUACAGCCCUAUGCCUUUGCUGACUUAGAGAGCCUACGAUCUUUGCACCUAGACAGCAAUAGACUGCCCAGUAUUGGAGAGGAUAUUUUGAGAGGUUUAAUUAACCUUCAGCACUUGAUUUUAAACAACAAUCAACUGAGCCGCAUCUCAGAUGAAGCUUUUGAGGAUUUUUUGCUUACACUGGAGGACUUGGACCUUUCCUACAAUAACCUCCGAAGCAUCCCUUGGGAAUCUAUAAGAAAGAUGGUAAACCUGCAUCAGCUUAGUUUGGACCAUAACCUGAUAGAUUAUAUUACAGAAGGGACGUUUGCAGAUCUUCAGAAAUUGGCCAGACUGGAUCUAACCUCCAACAGACUUCAGAAACUUCCCCCUGAUCCCAUAUUUGCCAGGUCCCAAGUAAUUCCAUUAGCAGCAACCCCAUUUUCUCCACCUCUGUCUCUCAGCUUUGGGGGCAAUCCGCUGCAUUGUAAUUGUGAGCUGCUGUGGUUAAGGCGGCUAGACAGAGAUGAUGAUAUGGAAACUUGUGCUUCUCCUCCUGGUCUAAAGGGAAGGUACUUCUGGUAUGUACGGGAAGAGGAAUUUAUUUGUGAGCCACCUCUUAUUACCCAGCAUACUCACAAGCUGCUGGUUUUAGAAGGGCAGACAGCCACAUUAAAGUGUAAAGCCAUUGGGGACCCAAACCCAGUCAUUCACUGGGUGGCUCCAGAUGACCGACUCAUUGGGAAUUCCUCAAGAACGGCUGUCUAUGACAAUGGCACCUUGGAUAUCCUUAUCACCACAUCCAAGGAUUAUGGAACUUUCACGUGCAUUGCAGCCAACGCUGCUGGAGAGUCGACUGCCACCAUCGAGCUCUCAAUUGUUCAGCUCCCGCACCUUAGCAACGGUACUGGCCGAGCAGCCCCACCCAAAUCCAGGCUUUCUGACAUCACCAGCUCCAGCAAGUCAAAUCGAGGAGAGACUAAAGUUCCACCAGAAAGGACUGUUUUGGUGUCAGAUGUGACAACUACCUCAGCUUUGGUUAAGUGGACAGUGAGCAAGUCAGCCCCAAGGGUUAAAAUGUAUCAGCUGCAAUAUAACUGCUCUGAUGAUGAAGUUCUAAUCUACAGGAUGAUCCCUGCUACAAACAAAGCCUUUGUGGUGAACAAUCUUGUUUCGGGAACAAACUAUGACCUCUGUGUCUUAGCCAUGUGGGAUGACACUGCCACGACCCUCACUGCUACCAACAUUGUGGGAUGUGCCCAGUUCUUCACCAAAGAGGACUAUCCUCAGUGCCAGUCCAUGCACAGCCAUUUUCUGGGGGGGACGAUGAUCUUGGUCAUAGGAGGCAUAAUUGUGGCAACUUUGCUGGUGUUUAUUGUCAUACUCAUGGUCCGGUACAAGGUUUGCAACAAUUCCCAGGGGAAGAUGGCCAAUGUCAGCAAUGUCUACUCGCAAACGAAUGGAGCACAACCUGUUCAAAAUGGGGUCCUGCCCCAAGUCAACCCAAAAGUGGUGGUGAGAAAUGAACUCAUGGAAUUUAACUGUGAGUCUGCACGAAGCAGCAUUUCCUCUUCGUCUAGUUCUGUGAAUAGCCGCGACUGUGAUGACUAUAGCCUUCAAAGUGAACAGGGCACAUUGUCCAGUAAGUGGAGGCCCCCUUCUAGGUCAAAACACAACAUUGACCGGCUAAUGGGAGCUUUUGCCUCCCUGGAAUUGAAGUGUCAGAAAAAGGAGGAUACGAUAGACUCCAGAACUUCCACAGUGGCCCACCAUUCGGACAGAGAGCCACUUCUGGGCCAGCAUGAGUCCAAAUUCCGUAGCCUCCUCACAUUACCUCUGGAAGGUAAAACUAAACGUAGCCAUUCUUUUGACAUGGGGGACUUUGCCACAUCCCAGUGUUGCACCUACCCAAGAAGGAUCACAAACAUUUGGACAAAGCGAAGCCUCUCGGUCAACGGCAUGCUUUUGCAGUAUGAUGACAAUGACCUACCAGGGGCAAAAGGGACUUAUGGGAGCUCAGAAUGGGUAAUGGAAAGCACGGUGUAAAUAAGAGCUUCUCCCCCUCUCUUCUUACUGCAAGUGUAAUAAGGUUUGGUUUUGUUGAAAGGCCAUAAAUAUGAAAAGGGGAGGAAAAAAACAUUCUCAACCUCAUUGGCCAAAAGUAGAAUAAAAUAAAUAAAAUAAAAGA